GCUUCCUGCGGAUCUGACUCAUGAUGAUGUCGAAGGGCGAUCGUCUCUGGCUGCCUCCGUCUCGCCCCCGCUGACCCUCUGGGCAAAGAACCGGGGAAACAUAAACACAGGAAAUGCGAGCGGCCUCUUAGCGCUCAGCUGUCACAGCCUGCGAUCGUUCGGCCGGGCUCCAAAAGGUGAUUGGCGCUCACUAAAGGGAGUUUGUUAGCAUCUACUGGACACAAGGGGCACUGUCCUCUGAUUGGCUCGGACAGCCCCCUCUGACAUGCCCGUGGCCAAUCAGAGGUGUGUUAUGUCGGGGGGAGAUGUGGAGGUGUACCUGUCCCAGGUGCAUGAUGGGAGCGUGUCGUCGGGUUUCCGUGCUCUGUAUGAGGAGCGUCUGCUGCUGGACGUCACGCUGCUGAUAGAGGAGCACCACUUCCAGGCCCACAAGGCGCUGCUGGCCACGCAGAGCGACUACUUCCGGGUUAUGUUCACGGCCGACAUGCGGGAGCGGGACCAGGACAAGAUCCACAUGAAGGGGCUGACGGCCGCCGGCUUCGGCCACAUCCUGCGCUUCAUGUACUACGGCUCUCUGGAGCUCAGCAUGCCCACCGUGCAGGAGAUCCUGCAGGCGGCCAUGUACGUCCAGCUGACGGAGGCGGUGGAGUUCUGCUGCUCCUUCCUGCUGGCUAAGAUCUGCCUGGAGAACUGCGCCGAGGUCAUGCGCCUCCUUGAGGACUUCAGCGUCGGCGUGGAGGGCGUCCAGGAGCAACUCGACAACUUCCUCCUCGACAACUUCGUCCCUCUGAUGAGCCGAGCCGACUUCCUGUCCUACCUCAGUCUGGAGAGACUCCAGGCCUACCUGAACAGCGACGCUCUGAGCCGCUACCCGGAGAUCGAGCUGUACGAAGCCGUCCAGGCGUGGUUGAGACACGACCGGCGGCGCUGGAGGCACACCGACACCAUCGUGCAGUCCAUCCGCUUCUGUCUCAUGACGCCGGCGGACAUCUUUGAGAAGGUGAAAACGUCAGAGUUCUACCGGUACUCCAGACAGCUGAGGCAGGAAGUGGACCAGGCGCUGGGAUAUUUCCACGACGUCAACCAGCAGCCGCUGCUGGAGACGCGCUCCAACCGGAUUCGCUCCGUCCGGCCGCAGACCGCCGUGUUCAGGGGAAUGAUCGGCCACAGCAUGGUGAACAGCAAGAUCCUGCUGCUGCAGCGGCCAAAGGUGUGGUGGGAGCUGGAGGGCCCUCAGGUGCCGCUCCGACCCGACUGCUUGGCCAUCGUCAACAACUUUGCCUUCCUGCUGGGCGGAGAGGAGCUGGGGCCCGACGGCGAGUUUCACGCCUCCUCCAAGGUUUAUCGCUACGACCCGCGGCAGAACUCGUGGCUGCGCAUGGCGGACAUGUCAGUUCCCAGGUCAGAGUUCGCGGUGGGAGUCAUCGGGAAGUUCAUCUACGCCGUGGCGGGCCGAACCCGAGACGAGACCUUCUACUCCACGGAGCGCUACGACAUCACCGAGGACCGCUGGGAGUUCGUGGAUCCGUAUCCCGUCAACAAGUACGGCCACGAGGGAACCGUCCUGAACGGGAAGCUCUACAUCACCGGCGGCAUCACGUCCUCCUCCACCUCCAAGCAGGUGUGUGUGUUCGACCCGGGCCGGGAGGCCGGCGGCGGCGGCGGGUCGGCCGGGUCGGACUCCCACAGGACGCGCUCGGCCCGUGGCCCGCUGCUGCCCGGGACCCACGCCAGCUGCUGGGAGAACAAGUCCAAAAUGAACUACGCUCGCUGCUUCCACAAGAUGAUCUCCCACAACGGGAAGCUGUACGUGUUCGGCGGCGUGUGCGUCAUCCUGCGGGCCUCCUUCGAGUCGCAGGGCUGCCCGUCCACCGAGGUGUACGACCCGGAAACGGACGAGUGGACCAUCCUGGCCUCCAUGCCCAUCGGCCGCAGCGGCCACGGCGUGGCGGUGCUGGACCGGCAGAUCAUGGUGCUGGGCGGCCUGUGCUACAACGGCCACUACAGUGACUCCAUCCUCACCUUUGACCCGGACGAGAACAAAUGGAAGGAGGACGAGUUUCCCAGGAUGCCUUGCAAACUGGACGGCCUGCAGGUGUGCAGCCUGCACUUCCCAGAGUACGUGCUGGAGCACGUCCGGCGCUGCAGCUGAGGUCCGCUUCAUGUUUUGUACCGACGGACUGUCCGCCUGGCGCCGCCGCGCCGGAACCAGGCCUUUCCAGGUGGGUCGACCCGGCGACCAGCACUCACCAAUAGGUGAGGCGCCGGGCGGCUCGGGCGUUUUCACAGUUACCCUUUCUCAGAAAAUUAAAGGAAAAGAUGAUGUCAGAAAACAAAAAGGUUUCAUUCACUUACGUUUGGACUGGAGCGACCAGAAACACACUGGGAGCUUCUGGUCCUGGUUCUGGUCCUGGUCCUGGUUCUGGUCCUGGUUCUGGUCCUGGUUCUGGUCCUGGUCCUGGUCCCGGUCCCGGUCCCGGUCCUGGUCCCGGUCCCGGUCCCGGUCCUGGUCCCGGUCCCGGUCCCGGUCCUGGUCCCGGUCCCGGUCCCGGUUCCUCCUGAACACCUUUGACACAUAGCUUAGCUGAAAUACUUUAAACCCCAACAACUAAACGAAUCAGAUACUCAACAUGACACUAUACUCCGUAGCGUAGAUGAACUCGGUGGUUUCGGACUCGUCUGGUUCCAGUUUGGUUCUGGUGUGUUCCAGUUUUCAGUCCCAGUUUCCCACCGAGCCACAAACACGUUCAUCCCACGCCGCGUCUCUCUGCUCCCCGCCGCCGCCGUCACAUCGAGAGGAAACCGCGGCGUUAGAUUUAGGAGCUGCGCUGCUGCCGUUUGGUUUUGUUUACAUUCCUGCACUUUAUCGGUUCUCAAUGAGUGUAAAUAGUUUGACCCGGUUUGAUACCAGAUCAGGGCUUUUUGGGGCAUUUCAACGAAUCUGGACCUCAUUCAAGAACAUUUGGACGUUUAUUUUCCACCUGAUUGUUGAUGGGAAUAAAAACGUUUUAAUCUGUGACAGCAGUAAUUAUAGAUUAUCAUCCAUGUAAAACUGCUGCUACUUAAAUAUUGAUCAUGUGUGGAAACAUACAGAAACCUUUAAAUGAAAGAGCUUGGAAAUAAAUUCAGGAGCAAAAUAUCGUAACGAGUUUCUGGUUAAAACAAGAUGCAGAACUUGAUAUAAGAAACUUUCUUUAAUGUAAAUCUAGAAACUUUUUUAUAAAUAGAUGGAAAAUUCAUUAAAACACAAAAACCUUGUUUAAAAAAUAAAGAAAAUAUUGUUAUAAUGAGAAACAAAACAUGUUAAAAAGAUAUAAAACUAAAUCUUAAAACGAGAGUUUCUAGUUUCAGGAGAAACUUCAUCAUUUAACGAGAAAAAUUAAAACAUUGUCAUAAGACAAAAAAAAGUAUUAAAAUUAGAAACCUGGUCAUUCAAAUGAGAAAACUUUGUUAUAAUGAUGCAAAACUAGAAAAUUUCCCGUUAAAAUAAGAAAAUCUUGUUCUAACAAUAAACUUCUGUUUUAUCAAGAAAGUUUUACUGUUUUAUAUUUACAACAUUUUCUUAUUUAACAGGAAAUAAUUUACUGUUACUCAGAUAUAAACCUUUAAAAUCUUGUUAAAACAAUUUUUCUUUUUAAAACAAGAUAUUUGUCCUGAGUUUAUUUGCGUCUUAAAACGUUUCCAUAGCAACAAAACUUCUACGUUAAACGUUUUAUAGUCUGCUGUCUGCCAAAAACAUCAGCUGGCCUCAGUUGUUUUAUUUGUUUUGCAUUUGCUUUAUUAAAAUAUGCAAAAUUAAAUACUGAAGACCAAAAUGUGCAACAGUUGCUUAAAAUAUUCAAACUGGCACCAAUAUUUAUGAUAUUAUAUUAAAUGUAAGUUCUAGAUAUCGGCACAAAAUUGGUGGCAAAAUUAGCUUUGGUUACGCUAGCUCCGGCUAACUUGAUAGCUAGAUUUAGUUUGAUUUGGCAAAAAAACUGACAAUUUUACUUGGUUUCUUAUGCAACUAAAUAAACUAACUGAAAAAUUAACUUCAGGUAAGUUUAACCUCAGUAUCUUCAGUCAUUUGAAACAAACAGGGAUCCAAAGUGCUAAAGUUAGCUACAGCUAUCUUAGCAGCUAGCUUUAAACAAUCCAGGUUAGUUUUAGUUUAAUAACCACUUAAAAAUAUAUACAAUAAAUAUGAAAAUAGUUUGCGAUUGAAUCACAAAAUUGCAAAAAAUAAAAAUAAAAAAUUAGUAAAGUUAGCUUAUAAACAUUUUUAAAAUGUGUUUCUGUCAUAAACUGCUUUAACUGCUUUAUUAUGUAACUGUGUGAAAGAAUGAAAAUAAUAUUUUCAUUCAGUGUAUAAGUUAUAGAAGACCAAACAUGAGCAGAUAAACCUACCUUUAGCUUAUGCUAACUAUAGCUAACCUAGGUGUAAUUAGCUACAGCUAACAGUUAGCAUUCACUUCAUUUAGUAUACAAACACUGACUAACUUAUUAAUAUGUAAUUAUGUAGGAUGACUUAAAAAAUAAAUGUAUUAUAACUUAUUUACACCAAAUAAACAACUCUAGUUUACGUUAGCCACAGUUAACUUUAUUUGGCCAACAAAUUUUUUUCCAUCACAGAUUUUUUCAAAAUAGAACGUUGUGUGUUCAUUAUUUACAAAAACAUUGAUAAAUUAGUGUAGUUAAAUCACAGGAAAAGUAAUUCAAAUGAACAGAAACAUUCAAACUUCAUCAUUAAUAAAUAUUCUGCUUUCUUAUGUAAUAAUGUGAAAUAGCAAAACAAUACUUCUUUUUACCUAAUUGAAUCUCAUUUACAGUUUUGGAUAAUGUUAGCAUGUCAUGCUAACAUUAGCGUUAGCUUAAACUAGCUAUGUUAGCUGCUAGCUUUCACUUGAUUAUGCCUGAAACCUUCAAUUAUCCAAUUAGUUGUUGUUUUUUUUCCUUAAAAUAUGUUGAUAAAUUACAAGUUAAUAAAUAUAAAAUAUUUGACAGUUUAAUUGUAUAAACAUUUAAAAAUAACAAACUGUUGUUAUUCCACUUUAGUUGUAGAAUUAUUUAUUAUAAUGAAAUUUAAACUGUUAUUUACAGGAAAACAACUUGGAUUACGGUUAAAUCACUUAGCUUUAGCAUUGGCUAGCUAAAGCUAGCUAGCUUGAUAUUAGCUCCCUCAUUUAUUUAGUUUCUCUUCUUCCAUUCUUGUUUUCUCCUUUGCAUUUGGACUCAGCUGCUCACUCAUUUGGUCAAAUAUGUUGUUUUUUUUGUGCCAAAAUAGACAAAGAAGAAAAAAAUGUUUGUAGUUCAGCUGGAGGAUUUUUAAAUUUCUUUGCCAGAUAUUUCAGCUGUUAUUCUAAGAUGUUCUUGUUUGAGGUCCAUUGGUAAUUUACCUCGGCUAAAUGAUUACCAGCCUUCGUUUCAACAAAAACAGACUGUUUUCAUUUCAGACAGAUAAUUUAAUCUGCACGUCCGUUUUCUGGCAGAUCUAAUCCUGACGUUGUCUUAGAUUAAAGCUCGCACAUUUCAUCCUCCAGGCCACGUAGCUGAGCUGACGACCAGCCUGUUUUAUUUUGUUUUCUUUUGAGCUAACUGUGAAAAGGGCUAGAGCAAAUAAUGAUGCCGUCACGUCUUUCUGCUGCGUAUUUAUUUAAUUUAUGAGGUAGUGCUUUUCACUGAGCUAUGCAGUAACAGUAUUAGGAAUGUUUUUAUGAUCAGAAUUUCAUUCACAGCCCGGUUCUUCAGUGUUUCUGUCGUUUUUCAUCUCCACCCUGCAGCAGCAUGUGAGUUUCUCCGUUUUAUUUAUUUUUCUGUUAUUGAUGAAUCAGUAAAGUCAGAACAGAUUUACUUCCUGAAGUCUGUCUUGACGUGAAUUAUAAAUAUAUCAGGAACUUGAAGGCAAACAUUCAUUUUAAAUGGUCAUUCUGGAGCAUUUAUUAUUGCGUCAUCCCUUUACAUUUUCUCUGGGUCGCCGUUAAUCGCCGCUCCGCUCCAACGUUGCUGUUUGAAGAAGAAACUUGUAACCAGUAAAGUUCAGCCGUCCCCACCUGAGGAACACGCAGCAUCCUUUAUUCCGCCAUUUUUCCGUCUGUCCGUAGGAAAACAGAUCAGAGGACGCUAAAAAAAUAAACUUUCAUUGCUUAAACGACUGUACGGGGAAAAGAGAGAAAAAUCUGAAUAACAUAUCUUACUCUGAGUAGAAACUCUUUGGAAACGAUUUGUAACCUUUCCAGAAAUAAAUGUUCAUACUGGUCAACCUCCA